AUGAAGGUGACCGUGUGUUUCGGACGGACCCGGGUGGUUGUCCCGUGCGGGGAUGGGAAUAUUAAAGUGACCAGCCUCGUCGAAAAAGCGGCCAUGAGGUACAAAAGGGCCAUCGCGAAGGACCCCAGCUACUGGGUUCAGGUACACAGGUUGGAACACCGUGAUGGAGGAAUCCUUGACCUUGAUGAUGUUUUGAGUGAUGUGGCAGAUGACAAAGACAGGUUGGUGGCUGUGUAUGAAGAGCAGGAUCCUCACAAUGGAGGUGAUGGUACAAGCGCCAGCUCUACAGGCACUCAGAGUCCCGAGCCAUUUGCUGGCGAGCUGAGUUCAACAUCAGCCUUCCAACCUUACCAGGCGGACAGCGAGAUUGAGGUCACUCCAUCUGCUUUGAGAUCAAACAUGCCUCUCCAUGUCCGGCGAAGUAGUGAUCCCUCCCUGGUUGGCCUUCCAUCUGCUGAAAUCUCAAUCGGUAAAGAAGAACCAUCCAGAAAGGACCCAAACCGCUGGUCCACAACUGCUGGUUUCCAAAAGUAUAACAACAAGCCACAAACAAACCCUGAUACCAACAGCCUUGAGCGAAAGGGCAGAGGAGGACAUACAUACCGGAGUCUUCCACGAAAUGCAAGUGGCCGCACCACUCAGUUUCAAAGAGAGAUGACUAGAUCCUCCCUAAGUGCAAAUCACCCAAUGAUAGACCAUUGGCUUGAUCGACAAGAACAGGAGUUUGAAGAGACGAGACAAACUCGUGAUCAAAGAAUUGAAAGAACAGAACCAGUAGGACGAGCUGACUCCUCAUUGGACCAUUCACCAGUGUUAACUCUAGAAGCCAUGCUCAAGCCAGUUGAGGUGUCCAAUACAGGAGGGCCGCUGGGGAUCCACGUAUUGCCAUUCAGUUCACAUGAUGUCAGGACCCAGGGCUUGCUAGUCAAGCGUUUGGAGCGUGGAGGCAAGGCAGAGCAGGAGCAUCUCUUCCAGGAGAAUGAUUGUAUUGUCAGAAUAAACCAAGGAGAUAUACGCAAUCUUCGCUUCGAACAAGCCCAGAACAUUUUCACGCAGGCGAUGUCUUCCCCCGUCAUCCUUUUUCAUGUCGUCCCAGCCGCCAUGAAACGGCAGUACGAGAUACUUGCAAGCAAAAGUGAACUUAGCUCACCUCAUUCAAACAGAGUCCGAUUCAGCCGAGACUCUACGCAUUCGGGUGACAGGACCAGCCUAGUCGGUGGGCGGACGUCCAGGUCUGUGCAUCAUGGAUCACUGGCUGGGAGCACUCCAGAGCCAAGACGGAGAUAUGGCACACCAGCACAAUCAUUGGUCUCUAGUACCUCAUCCAAUUCUUCACCUUCCCUCCAGCGCAGAAUAAGCACAACACAGUCCAGCAGCUCCUACGCCAAAGGCAAAGGUCGCAGAUUAAAAAUACAGCUGAAGAAAGGUCCGGAAGGUCUUGGGUUUAGCAUUACAUCCAGAGAUGUUCCUAUUGCAGGAAGUGCCCCUAUUUAUGUUAAAAACAUUCUCCCUCGAGGGGCCGCCAUCCAAGAUGGGAGACUAAAAGCUGGAGACCGUCUCCUGGAGGUUGGUGGAGUAGAUUUGAAUGGUAAGACUCAGGAAGAGGUGGUGACUCUGCUCCGAGCGGCACCUAUGGGUGGGACUGUGAACCUUUUAGUGAGUCGCCAGGAUGACCCUCUGCUGCCUCGAGAACAACUGGGGGAUGAUGACCUGGUGUUGACCUCUGAUGUUGCACGGGAGUUCAUGACCUUCGAGAUCCCGCUGAACGACUCUGGUUCGGCGGGCCUAGGGGUCAGCGUCAAGGGUAAUAGAUCCAAAGAGAAUCACACCGAUUUGGGCAUAUUUGUUAAAUCCAUCAUCAAUGGAGGUGCUGCUAGCAAGGAUGGCCGUCUACACAUAAAUGACCAACUCAUCGCAGUCAACGGGGAGUCGUUGCUCGGUAAUACCAAUCAGGAAGCAAUGGAAACACUUCGGAAAUCCAUGUCGGUCGAAGGCAACAAACGAGGAAUGAUUCAACUCAUUGUAGCCCGGCAUGCUGCUCAAAACACAGAGGUGAGGCCUUUAACCCCAAGUACACCAUGCCUACCGUCAAGCACGGUGGUGGAUAACCAUGAACGCCGGAUAUCCCAUUCCCUAUAUGAAACCAUUGAGGACUUUGAUAAUACCUCCACACCAUUAGCAAAAUCAGUUGGACACAUUGGUAAAUAUCAGUUCUCUCCCACUGUGAACAUGCCUCAGGAUGAUAUUGUAUUGAUAGAAGAUGACAGGCCGCCCCUGCUUCCUGCCCACUUCUCGGACCAGUCAUCUUCAAGUUCUCACGAGGACCUGGGAUUUGUGGGAGGGAACUCUGUGCAAUGGAUCCAUGAUGUCCCCAGUCAGAAUGAAUGCUCCUUGAGUCCUGAUGCAGACCCCAAUGGCUCUUUUCAAAGGGAGGGAUUUGCCCGCCAAAGUAUGUCAGAAAAGCGGACUAAGCAGUAUGAAAAUGCCGCACAGCUGGAGAUCAUCAAGUCUCGAAAGUCUAAGAGCAUGGAUCUUGGUUCUUCAGGACAAAAUGUCGGCCCCUCGCUGGGCCUCAAAAAGUCCAGUUCCCUUGAAAGCCUCCACACGGCACUUGCCGCAGCAACACGGAACGGUGAGAUCAAUGUCAACAGGCCGCGCUCUCGAAUCAUCCGGGGCCGAGGUUGCAAUGACAGUUUCAGAGCGGCAAUCGACAAGUCGUAUGACAAACCAAGUGUUAAUGAACCUGAGGAAGAAAACAGCAUGGAUAUGCUGGACGAAGACACGGAGGGAAGUUCCCGAUCGGGUCAUGACUCAGUGUCUGCCAGCGGUGACCUCAUCAUUGGCCCCAGUCUCAAUGGCAACAGCUCCAGAGACGACAGGUUGAAAGAUCUGGACAAGGUAGAAAAGAAGAAGCCAGAAAGAGAUAAAGAGAAAGACAAGGACAAGAACAAAGCAAAGAAAGGCAUGCUAAAGGGCCUCGGUGAUAUGUUCAGGUUUGGAAAGCACCGCAAUAAUGAACAAGCAGCAGACAGAGUGGAGAGGAGGGCCUCCAGUAAAUCUAAAGCUGAGGACGUGCAGGCAUCUGAGGAGGAAACCCAGCGAAUGAGGCUUGAACAAGAGAGAAUACAGGCCAAGAUGCGUGAGCUCCGGGAGAAACAGGCAAAGGAGCGAGAAUAUGCUGAAAUUCAAGAUGUCAUCGGCCACUCCACUUUUAGCUCGGACGAAGAGCACACUUACGCUGGCAUCGGAUCUUGGGACUCAUCGGUGGACGGCAGUAGCCAUGAGCCUUACGGCAGUCACCACCAGUACCAUCUCCCUCAAGAUCCUCACCCUUCCACCAAUCUUCAGAACAACAAUACACCUCUAGAGGCACUCUAUGCUCAGGUCAACAAACCUCGCAACGGCCGCGUUGCCUCUCCAGACGCGGCCCAAACGACUCCGAGUAACCAUGACCGGAUACAAAGGCUGAGGCACGAGUUCCAGCAGGCAAAGCAGGACGAUGACAUGGAAGAUCAUCACGAGUCUUACAGCUUGGAUCAGUCUAAGCCUAGUAACGGAAUGGAGAUACAAAGUGGACGCCAUUCGGUGACAAUGGAGUCUCAAAUUCAAAAGCGGCACCAUGAGGACCGAGGCAGUUUUCACCAAGCCCAAAGACAAUACAGUUCUCUGCCACGCCCGCCACGUAAGAAUCCAAGCAUCGUGUCUCAGGACACAUGUGACAAUCCAUACCCACCAGCAGAUCAGGGUGCCAUUGGCAACCCACGUCUCUCUGGCAGCCACGGAUCACAUAACGGCUACCUGGGAACUUCCAGCUUUAACACUCGCGUCCUAUUGGAAACUCAGGAGUUGCUGAGACAGGAGCAGAGACGAAAAGAGAUGGAGAGCGUCAAAGUCCAUCCACCAUCUGAACAGGGACCCUCUAGCACCAUCAGUAAGGACCGCUCUCAAGCACCAAAGCAGGCGCCACCCAAAUCCAAAGGUCCCUAUAGACAGGACGUUCCCCCGUCUCCAACUCAACUAGCCAGGCUCAGUCGGCUUCAUAAGGGCUCAGAGAAAGGGAGGCAGUUUUAUUCCUGA